GUAGUUGAUUCGUGUGUUUUGUUGUUUGAUGUUGCAUUAAAAGAAGGAAACUCACAAAUUAUGUCAGAUACAAUAUUUGCCGCUGUAUGGCUAAUUAUUUAAGAAGUUUGUUUGCUCUGUUGGUAUAUAAACCUUUUCAUCUGUAAGUUCAUUGGGAAAACUAACUGUUAAUCUUAACGGUUGAUAUUAGUAAUUAAGGUUAUGUUGUCAAUUGUGGGCCCUACCGUGAAUUAUUAUAAAGGCAUAGAAUUGUCAUUUUUGCAUCACACUAGUCUUUGCUGUGUUAGUAGACCUUACUAAUUUUUAUAAUAACUUCGCUAUAUGGGUGUGUUCAGGUUUAAAACUAUUAUUUAUACAUUGUGAACUGAGUUUGAUCCUAGGCCUACAUAUACAUUUAAGAGGAAAACACUGAAGUUACAAGAAAAUGGCUCUGCGGCGAAAGGUGCGCCCAGAAGAUGAAGGUCUUCCUCUGUUUGAAGAGGUCAGAGACGAUGAUCUCAAGGACGGUGAGGUGUCCUGCAAAGAACGAUCAUUGACUGGCGACCGUGCUAAUGUUGCACUUCUCUUUUUCCUAUAUACACUGCAAGGGAUACCCCUAGGCCUUGCGUCUGCAAUGCCAAUGCUGCUGCAGAACCGGAAGGGAGUUUUAUAUAAAGACCAGGCUCUGUUCAGUCUGGUGGCAUGGCCAUUCAGUAUAAAGCUGCUGUGGGCACCCAUCGUCGACUCUGUAUUCUCCGAGAGGUUCGGUCGACGCAAGACUUGGCUGGUGUCUUCACAGUACAUGAUAGGUAUCUUCAUGAUCCUGCUCUCAUACCGAGUAGAUCUGUGGGUCUCCGAUCCUAAGGGUCCCCACACCAUCCUUCUCACCUGCCUCUUCUUCGCACUCAACUUCCUGGCGGCCACGCAGGACAUAGCGGUCGAUGGCUGGGCUCUCACCAUGCUGAAGAGGGAGAACGUGGGCUUGGCGUCAACAUGUAACAGUGUGGGCCAGACAGCUGGAUACUUCCUGGGAUAUGUUGUAUUCAUCGCCCUGGAGUCAGCAGACUUCUGUAACACGUAUCUGCGCACAGAGCACCAGCCAGAGGGUGUCGUCACCUUACCCAAUUUCCUCUACUACAUGGGUGGAAUAUUUCUGUUGUCGACGACGUUGGUGGCUCUGUUCAAGAGAGAAGCACCGGACGAAGAUAACGGCGAGCAAGACAAGGAUAUCAAGGGGACGUACCAGCAGCUACUGCGUAUAGUGAGGCUGCCAGCUGUCCGCACCUUGGCUCUCAUCCUACUCACGUGCAAGGUCAGCUUUUGUGCCUGUGAUGCCAUAGCAGGACUGAAGUUGGUGGAGGCCGGGGUGCCCAGGGAGCAGUUUGCAAUGGUUGCUCUCUUCCUGAUACCACUGCAGGUAUCUUUACCCUUGCUACUCACCAGGUAUCUGGUCAGUGAUGCUCCCAUGGACGUGUACACCAAAGCAAUCCCUUAUAGACUGGCGUUCAACUUGUUAGCGGCUGCGUUUGUGUGGUUGACUCCCCAUUUGAUAACCAAGGACCAUAUUCCUUUCCACUACUACGUUCUACUGAUCUUACUAUACGGUCUUCACCAGAUAACGCUGUACUCAAUGUUCGUCUCCCAGUUGUCAUUUUUUUUCGCCCGGAUCAGUGAUCCCAACAUGGGUGGCACAUACAUGACUCUGCUUAACACGCUGGCUAACCUGGGCACAUCUUGGCCAAACUCUCUCAUUCUCCUCUUUGUUGAUGGGUUCUCGUCCAGCUACUGUUCCAAUGAUCCUGACAACAACUGUUCCUGUGCCUCACUCAUAGAGCAAUGCACCACCGGCGCAGGAGAGUGUGUCAAGUGGCUGGAUGGCUUCUACGUCCUGAUAGUCCUGUGCACACUGUACGGCGUGGUGUGGAUGCGCUGGGGCCGCCACACCGUCCACGAGCUGCAGCGGAGAGGUGAUCAUCACUGGAAGCUGUCACUGCACAAGAGAUAGCAGUUGGCCUGUGUGUGACUUUCGUGUGAAGGGGUCAAACGGUAGCAAAAUAUUGAGUUAAAUAUUACAAACCAUGGUUUUAUUUAUGACUGUGAGUUUAUCUAUUUGUUCAGAUUGAAUAAUUUGUUAUAUUUUUUAAGAAACUAACAAAAUGCAUAAAGUAAGUUCUUUUCUGUUCGAGAUUAGACACAAUAUUACAGUAUAGCACAACAUAUUUGUAUGAAUUUGAGAAUAGCUCACUUUUCCCCUUAGAACAGUUUGGGGUUUAAAAGUAAUAACACAGAUUCCAAUAAUUGUUUAAAGAAGAUGUUUUUAUAUUUCAAAAAGUUAUUUUUAUUCUUUUUCUAUAAUUGAAUAUUCUAAAACAAUUAUCAAUGUCUACAAGACAUCCUAAAGAUUUAUUAUCCCAUUUAUUCCAAAAAAGCUUUACAAAACUAAUACUAAUUUUCCUGCAUCUAAAUUUAAAACGUUUGUUUCAAGACAUUAAACUAAUAAGAAGGGCUCUCUCUCUCUUAGACAUAACCUCAAAGGUUAAGCGAUCCAACUUUCUGGGUUGUUAUUUUCAAAAUUGAAUGGUUUAUUUAACUUAUCAAAAUAUUUAUUGUUUAUAAAAGUGUUUUUGCUAUUUAAAUCAUUAGCAUGUGUCUAAUUGGAUGCUAACAAACUUAUUUGAAUUGUUAUACUUUAUUAGAAGUAGCGUUAAUGCAUUUUAGUUGGCUUUAUCCAAUUCUUAUUUUAGUUCUUUUGAUUUUUUAAAGAACUCUUUACUUAUGAACUAAGCAAUAUGGAAUAUUUUGCUACCAUUUGGAAUUCUGUUUUAGAAUGGUACGUUAGUUAUUGUGGUCCAAAAUCCAAUGUUUGUACCUCGGAUACAUUGAGUGUAAAUAAGAGACUAUAAUAUAUAUACAAAGUUAUAUUUUUCUUAGUUUUGUCUACAUAAUUUUAUUUUUAGUUGUACACUAGUUGUUUUACUGCUUAUUUAGUGGAAGCAACGGCUGUGGUUCUAAGAGUAUUUUGUAAUUUGUUUUAGUUGUUUAUGUGUUCUUUUUGAACUCUGUGCAAUUGUUAAUGCUGUUUGUUUAAAGUCCAUUGGAUAUA